AAUGCGCAUGCGUGCGUCGCGACGAUGGAGGAUUGUCUGCAGGGAAGCGAGGGGAGUUCGGGCCUCGGGGAUAGACCGUUUGCCUCCAAAGCCCACGAACCGUGUUCUAAACCGGGUCUGCUGUACGAUGCUCGUAUGAGGGAGCAUGAGAACGAAGGGAACCCCAGUCACCCAGAGUCUCCCGACAGGAUCAGUAGAAUAUGGAGUCUACUGAGGGAGAGAGGGUUGGUGGAGAGAUGCUGCCUUGUCGAGGCCAGAGAAGCAACGAAGGAAGAAAUACUAAAGAUCCACAGGUAAACGCAGUUACUACUUUACGAUCGCUUCAUUUUGUGAUCUGCUUAUUGCAUGCAAUCACACAAUACAAGUUGCAAAUAAGUGUAGCACAUAAAAGUACCUCACAUAAUAUAAGUUGUUGGUUGCCAUGACACCCAGUGAGGAACACUAUGUUACCAUGGAGACGACUCGGGAGAAAUCAACAGAAGAACUGAGGGAAAUGGCCAGGGACUACAACUCUGUUUACCUUCAUAAGCUGAUCUUUCCCUGUGCUCUCCUGGCAGCUGGAAGUGUGAUUGAGAUGACAGAGAAGGUCCUGCAGGGGAAGUUGCCUUCUGGAGUGACGGUUGUAAGGCCCCCUGGCCAUCAUGCCGUCACUGAGAAAUGCAUGGGAUUCUGCAUCUUUAACAGCGUUGCCAUAGCAGCCAAGGUUGCCAUUGACAACCACAACAUCUCAAGGAUCCUCAUUGUUGAUUGGGAUGUUCACCAUGGCAACGCCACUCAGGAGCAAUUCUACGACGACAAAAGAGUGUUGUAUUUCUCCCUCCAUCGCUACGACAACGCCAUGUUCUACCCAAAAUCCACGGCAGCAGGCCCGACUCAUAUGGGCGGAGUCUCGGCGAAGGGUUACAACGUGAACAUGGCAUGGAGUGGCAAGAUGAUGGGAGAUCCGGAGUAUCUGGCUGCAUUUCACCACCUCCUCCUGCCUAUUGCCUCUGAGUUCAAUCCAGAGUUGGUCCUGGUAUCAUGUGGUCUAGAUGCUGCCAAGGACGAUCCACUGGGGCGGUACCACGUGUCUCCGGUAGGCUAUGCUCACAUGACUCAUCUCCUGAGAGGAUUGGCUGGAGGGAAGAUGGUCGUUGCUCAUGAGGGAGGGUACAACCUGAAGUCCAUCUCGGAGUCAAUGGCAGCCAUUGUUAGUGUGUUGCUAGGAGACCCUCUGCCCUGCCUACCAGACAAGAUGGUCCCCAACGAUGAUGCAGUGGACUGUAUUAGAGCAGUGGUUUCUGCCCAGAUUCCAUACUGGAAAUCACUAAGGAUCUUUGGCAGUGUCGGGGCAAAAGAAAUGCAAUACUUCGACAACAGUCCAGAUUUUGAGGAACCUGAGUCACAUGACCAGACUCAGGAGUCACGUGACCGGUCAGGUGAUGUGGGCGGGGCCUCAGGAGGAAACGAGGAUAUAGGAGAUAGUCUACUCAGCAAUCUGAGAGAGAUGGCAAUAGGGGAGACGAUGAUGUUUGCAGUGACUCCAAAAUCAGACUGCGAGCAUCUCACCACUCUUUCCCCUAAGCCCCUCCCACCUGAUAUCGCUUCUCACAGGUGUGAGGAAUGCAACGAGGAGAGGGAGCCGUGGGUCUGCCUCCAAUGUCACCACGUGUACUGUGGUCGUUAUGUCAACGGGCACAUGUUGGGUCACAGUGGAGGGAGUGCUCAUCCUCUGGCCAUCUCUCUAGCUGACAUCUCAGUCUGGUGUUUUCUCUGCGACUCCUACAUCCACCAUCCCUCCCUCACUCCGGCCAAGUCCUCCGUUCACCUCAGCAAGUUUGGUGAACACCCUUCUUCAGGACAGCAGCACUGAUUGCUAUGGACACAAAAUCUUACAUUGUUUCUCAUACUCAAUAUUAUACUCAUAAUUAUCUGUACAACAUUAUUUGGCUCACUUCUCAAUUUUCUAUAAGAGACAGUCUGAAAUUUCAUCAUAGAGUUUGUAUCAUACUGUAAAGAGACUUGAUAAAUAAAAUGAUACUGGUUCACGAAAUGUUUGGUUGCUAUGGUAACAAUAAUCAAUGAUCUACAUUGCCAUGGAUACAGUCACAUGACACGAAAUCUUUGGUUGCCAUGGUAACAAUAAUCAAUGAUCUACAUUGCCAUGGAUACAGUCACGUGACCCACUAAUUUCCGUGAACAAAGUUGUGACAGAUGAAGUUGUGGAUGAAAAUGGACGCGAUGCCUGCGGAGGUGAUGCCGAAGCUGUCGGCAACACUAGCAGCUCCCAUUGAGAACUCUCUGUGGGCCGUAGGUACCUGUUUGGUGAUGGAAUAGAAGGUGUUGACGUAGACUCCGCCCCCUAGCAACCCCUCGUACAGCACCAGGAAGAAGGUAAUCCAGAAGGAGGGGAGGACCAGGUAUAUGGCUUCCAGGAACAACAGAACAA